CCGUAAAGUUGGAAAAUGGAAAGCCGAACCGGACUUUCCGGUUCAUUCCCCAUUCGCAUGAAUCGCGUCCAGCAAGAACUGCCCCACACUCACCUCCUCUCUGCAGCAGCUCAAUCUUUUAGGGUUUCCAAAUUUUCAAAAUUCCAAUCCCAAAUUCCCAAUCCCCCUCCAAAGAUGGCUACUUUAUUGUCGUUUCGACCCAGCCCAGUCGUCGCCCCAACUCCCAAGCCCCCGAACCCACUCCUCCCGCGAACCCACCACCACUACGGCUUCCCCCACUCCAAGCCCCUCCUCCGUGGCUCGCUCGCCGUGGCCCGGCUUGGCCCCGGCCCCGGUCUGAUUCCCGAACCGGAAGACGCCGGAGCUGUGCUGAUGGAGCUGUUCGGUAAAGCCGAGAGCUUGCUUUACACGGUGGCCGAUGCGGCGGUGUCGUCGUCGUCGGAGAAUUUGACUACUUCGAAACAGAGCAGCGAUUGGCUUUCUGGGAUUACCAGUUACCUUGAGAGCGUUCUCAAGUUUUUGAAAGAUGGGCUUUCUGCUGUGCACGUUCCGUACUCCUAUGGCUUCGCCAUCAUACUGUUGACCGUUCUUGUUAAAGCUGCUACCUUCCCGUUGAGCAAGAAGCAGGUGGAGUCCGCCAUGGCUAUGCGGUCCUUGCAACCUCAAGUGAAAGCUGUGCAAGAACGCUAUGCUGGGGACCAGGAGAGAAUUCAACUCGAAACUGCUCGAUUAUAUAAGUUAGCCGGCAUAAACCCUUUGGCAGGAUGUUUGCCGACACUUGCAACGAUCCCAGUGUGGAUAGGGUUAUAUAGAGCUCUUUCAAAUGUGGCAGAUGAGGGGCUCCUUACAGAAGGCUUCUUCUGGAUUCCGUCCUUGGCUGGUCCUACAACCGUUGCUGCUCGACAAAAUGGAAGUGGAAUCUCUUGGCUUUUUCCAUUUGUAGAUGGUCAUCCACCCCUUGGAUGGUCGGACACCUUGGCAUAUCUUGUGUUGCCUGUUUUGCUGGUUAUCUCACAGUACAUAUCUGUUCAAAUUAUGCAGUCAACACAGCCACAGAGCAACGAUCCAAAUGUGAAGAGUUCUCAAGCAAUUACCAAGUUUCUUCCUUUGAUGAUUGGUUAUUUUUCUCUUUCAGUGCCUUCUGGUCUAAGUCUCUAUUGGUUCACAAAUAACAUACUGACCACAGCACAAUCAGUAUGGCUUCAAAAAUUUGGGGGUGCAAAAAAUCCAAUUAGUCAAUUAAGUGAUAGCAUUAUCAAGGAAGAUGAACCCCAAAUUCUAAAGUCUGUCUCUGAAUUAAAGCCAAAACCAAAGGAUACCAGAGAAGAAGAAAAGUUGACGCCAGAGGGUCUACGACCUGGUGAAAGAUUUAAAAUGAUAAAGGAGCAAGAAGCACGAAGGAAACAACAAAGAGAAGAAGAAGAAAAGAGGAAAGCUGAAGAGGCUGCAGCAAAAGUGACUCAAAUAACUAAUGAGACACAUGAGGGAGAAGCCAGAUUACUUGAGAAUGAAAAUGGAGUUAACGUUGGAUUAGUUGGUGAAAAGAGUGAAGAACAUCAAUCUCAGACCACAACUUAUAAUUCCUUUGAUGCUAGAGUUACGUUGAAUGGUGAUCGGUCUGUACGGGACACAAAAGAAGACCACAACACAGUUUCCACGUUUCAGAUAGAAAACAGUGAAGUUUCUACUGAACAAGAGGUUGAUAAGAGGGAUGAGCAGAAGUUGAAUGGAAGUCUAGGUGACGUAAAGGAAGCAGUUGAAGUACAAACUUCCACGACCAUUGCGGAUAAAAAAGGUUCUGGAGAAAGCACACAUCAAGUGAGAGGGGAGUGACCAACCAGCCAGAGCGUAAGCAUUGUUGCGAUGGUAUUGGUGAGAUCAGAUUGAUAAUGCUAGUUAUAUAUGUCCAAAUAGAAAAUGGGAAGCAGCCCGAACAUUCAGAAGCAAUCAACGGGGUGUAUAUUACAUCGUAUUCGAGAUGACGAGAAGUAUCAACAAGAAGAUGUUGAGGUUUUUAGCUGUAACAAGUUUUUGAAUGUGUGUAUAAAAGGCUGCUCUCUGCAAUCCCUUGUGCUUCUCAGUGGCAUGGCAUGUAUGAUCCAUGAAACAAAUUUUUCAUUAUUUUUGGUUAGGUGAGAAAGGGAAAAUGGAUAGGAAAUUUAUGCAGAUGAUGUCUUAGAUAUUCUUUCUUGCUCAUUGUGUCACCGCACAACUUACCAAUAAAUGAUAUAAAAUUUUCAGUUGGUUA